AUGGCGCUGGAGCUGUUCAAGCCCUUCAUCAUGAAGAAGCUGGUGGAAGACGACGUCGUCUACAACAUCAAGAAAGCCAAGACACUGGUGGAGGAGGAGACCCCGGAGGUGUGGGCGGUCCUGGAAGAGGUCGUCAGCGAGCAUCCGGUCCUUCUGAACCGGGCGCCCACGCUGCAUCGGCUCGGCAUCCAGGCAUUCGAACCGGUGCUGGUGGAGGGGAAGGCGAUCAAGCUGCACCCGCUGGUGUGCGCCGCGUUCAACGCCGACUUCGACGGCGAUCAGAUGGCGGUGCACGUGCCGCUCACCCCCGACGCGCAGAUCGAAAGCUGGACGCUGAUGCUGUCCAGCCAGAACCUGCUCGACCCGGCCAACGGGUCGCCCAUCGUGGUGCCGACCCAGGACAUGAUCCUGGGCAUCGCCUAUCUGACCGGCUCCAGGGCCGGCGCAGCCGGCGAGGGAAAGCACUUCGCCACCUCCGCGCAGGUGUUGCGGGCGGUGGACGCGCGCUCGGUCGACUACCAUGCCAGGGUCCGGUUGAAGCUGGGCGACGAGUACAUCGAGACCACAGCCGGGCGGGUCCUGCUGAACGAGGACCUCCCGGAGGAGAUGGAUUUCAUCAACGAGCAGCUCGAUGAUGGCAAGCUGCGCAGACUGAUCGCGGACUGCUAUCGCGACCAUGGGCCGCACAUCACGGUCCAGGCGCUCGAUACGAUCAAGGAACUCGGGUUCCAUUACGCGACGAAGUUCGGCGCGACCAUCGGUAUGGAGGACAUCCUGGGACAUAUCACCAACGAGGAGCGCUACAACCGCGUCAUCGAGGUGUGGAGCACCACCAACGACGACAUCACCAACGAGCUGAUGGCCGAGCUGGAGUCGGACCGUCAGGGGUUCAACCCCAUGCACAUGAUGGAGUCGUCCGGCGCCCGCGGUAGCCGCCAGCAGAUCCGCCAGCUCGCCGGCAUGCGCGGACUGAUGGCCAACCCGUCCGGCGAGAUCAUAGAGCUGCCGAUUCGUUCCAACUUCAAGGAAGGGCUGUCGGUGAUCGAGUUUUUCAUCUCGACCAACGGCGCCCGCAGGGGCUGGCCGAUACGGCGCUCAAGACCGCCGACGCCGGCUACCUGA